AGCGGAGCCAGAGUCGAGACCAGAGGCCGAACUCGGGAUCUGACAAGAUGGCCGGGCUGCCCCGCAGGAUUAUCAAGGAAACCCAGCAUUUGCUGGCAGAACCAGUUCCUGGCAUUAAAGCAGAACCAGAUGAGAGCAACGCCCGUUAUUUUCUUGUGGUCAUUGCUGGCCCUCAGGAUUCCCCCUUUGAGGGAGGGACUUUUAAGCUUGAACUAUUCCUACCAGAAGAAUACCCGAUGGCAGCCCCUAAAGUACGUUUCAUGACCAAAAUUUAUCAUCCUAAUGUAGACAAGUUGGGAAGAAUAUGUUUAGAUAUUUUGAAAGAUAAGUGGUCCCCAGCACUGCAGAUCUGCACAGUUCUGCUAUCGAUCCAGGCUUUGUUAAGUGCUCCCAAUCCGGAUGAUCCGUUAGCAAACGAUGUAGCAGAGCAGUGGAAGACCAACGAGGCCCAAGCCAUAGAAACAGCUAGAGCAUGGACUAGGCUAUAUGCCAUGAAUAAUAUUUAAAAUCGAUCUGAUCAUCAAGUGUGCAUCACUUAUCCUGUUCUGCCAAGACUUCUUCCUUUUUUGUUUGCAUUUAAUGGACACAGUCUUAGAAAUAUUACAGAAUAAAAGCCCAGACAUCUUCAGUCCUUUGGUGAUUAAAUGCACAUUAGCAAAUCUA